GGUGCAGCAAGGAUGAAUAGAAGCUCGACGUGCUUUUGGAAAGCUGUUUCUUCGUUGUGAGUCCCUUUGAUAUUCUGUCCGGCACUAAGUUUCUAACACUAAGGUAGUUGUUUAGGCAGAAAAGGGUUAAAUAGCGGUGACACCUUGCAGUUUCCGGUCACAAUGACUAUGACGUCCUCAUUUAUUUGUGCCUCGUAUCUUUUCCCGCGCAAAUUAUUAUUAUUUUAAUUGGAAGACGACGAAGAAGAAAACAAGUCACAACAAAGACAAGAAAAGAAAAAACAAGAAGAAGACAAGAUGAAGGACAAGAGCCACAGAAGAAGCAGCAGUGGUAUUACUGGCAAAAGCAAAAGCAAUACUAGUAGUAAUAUUAAUAAUAAUAUUACCAGCAGCAUGACCAAGAGACCCGAAUGGGCCAACAUGCCAGUGCUGCCCGGUAUGAAGUUGGCUACUGGAAGUUCUACAGGAAGUUGUACUGAGGAGUAUGUGGUAUCUCUGGUAGUGGAAAUUGUGUCUUGCAGCAAUUUGGCAGCUUCAGAAUUUCUCAAAGUUCCUCUGGCUGAUGCUUAUGUAAAAGUCAAGUUGGCCACUACCGGUACCGGUACUACCAGCACUACUAACACUACCACCACUACCAGCAGCAACAACAAAAAGCAGUCACUUGACAUUCACAAAACCAAACCCAUUUCGCAAACCAACAACCCACAUUACACGUUGGAAUCCAAGUCUAGUUUUGUCAUUGACGGUAUGCCCGUGGCGUACUUGUACCAGGCUGAAGGAUUACUCUUCAAGGUCAAACAUGCCGGUGACAAGACAGAACUGGGAUAUCUACAUGUCACUCCCAAUGCACUCUUGCAAGCCACGGGACAAGAUCAAGUCAUUGAACUCAUUCAUCCAAAUACACUCUUACCGGGAGUCGCAGGAGCAUUGACUAUUCGAUGUAGACCCGCCGAAUCCUCCGAUGUCGAAUUUUACAAGUUCUGGGGAUACGGAUAUUUCAAGGAAUACAACAAGUACGAUCCGGCACACGACGACCCUGCAGCAACAACAAAGAGCAAAAAGAAAGACAAAUCGUCUUCCAAAACAACAUCAAAGCUGUGGAAAGUAUCCAUGUUUGGACCACACAAAAAGAAGAAAACGUCCAAACUCAAAAAAGAAACUCCACCCAACAUGGCGUCGGCCAUGGUCGUGGCGGCAUCCGCGACGGCAGCUGCAGUGGAACCGACAACGACCACGACCACAACCUACACCGCACCGGAAAUUGUCACUGCACCAUCCACCGAUGAUACCGUCGAUUGUUCCGUGCUCGAUGAGACGCCAGCAAUGAAAGAACCCGUUACGGAACCUCAAGGAGAAGGCAACGCUGCGACCACCAAGGAGCACGAAGAUGCGGAAAUCGGUGAAAGUGAGCAAACCAAAGAUGUCACCGUCAUGUCGGCACUCACAGAUGAUUACAACAACAACAGCAAUAUCGUCGUCGACGACGAAAUCACGACUUCUCAGCAGCAGCAAGAACAUCCUGCAGUGGACCCCUACAAGGCGGGAGAAGUCGAAGAUUUAGCCGAAGCUACAACAAGCAACCAUUUGAUGUGUCCCGACGACUGCUUCACGGGGAAUUGCGUCAUUCUCUAGCCAGCAAGAGCCAGAAUCGCUCACAGGAAUGCCUCGACAGCUCUGGUGGUUCUACUGGUAAACACUGACUACUACUACCGUACUAGUGCCACAUGAUCGUGUUGAUUUUCAUCUCGUCAAUUUGCGAACGUGGCUGCUGUCCAGACAUGAACCUUCGUGCGAAGAACAGGUGUUAAGGAUUGCUGUUGUUGAAGCAAGGCCCUUCACGAAAUCACGGUGCAAAGAUGAACGACGUGUUGUUGUCUGGAAGAAAGUUCUUUCGAGCUGCUGCGCUCAACUCGAGUAGUGGGGCCGCUAUCAACAAACCAAAGAAAAAAGAAGGCCUCGAUCUAACGUGUAAUCGUAAGAAUUGCUAGAUAAUCUCAUUGAUGGCUGAGCGCAAGCCUUGCACGCAAGUA